AUGUCCGCCUCGACAUCUGCUCAACCGGCAGACGCCUUGUUAGAUAACGAGCUAUCGUUUUCCGAACCACCUUUCUCCACUCAGUUAGAUCCUCGUAUACUAGCAGCAUUGGCCGAUCAGAAAUUCGCUCACCCUACUCUCGUGCAAGCUAAAGCUAUCCCUUUACUCCUAGAAGGGAAAGAUGUAUUGGCCAGAGCUAGAACAGGAAGUGGUAAAACUGCUGCUUAUGUCGUUCCUGCCAUUCAAAGAAUAUUAGAGGCGAAGGCAAAUCUAUCUCCCGCUUCUCCCGAAUAUCAAACCACCCGUGUGGUCUUCCUCGUACCCACCAAGGAACUCGCUUUGCAAGUAUCCACUUUCGUCAAGAAUAUUACAAAGUACUGCGAGGGUCUGGUCGGUUGCGUCAACGUUGCAGCGGGCGGUACGAGUGUACAGCGUGUUUUACUAAAUGAUAAUCCAGAUAUCAUCAUUUCAACACCUACCAAACUCUUAUCUCUCUUACAGUCCAAAUCAAUCUCUUUGAACCAAUUAUGCUUUCUGGCAAUUGACGAAGCGGAUUUACUGUUAUCUUACGGAUUCAAAGAUGACUUGACUAGAAUUAUGGACCCGACUUCAGGAUGGGUACCUCGUCUGGGAGUACAAGGGUGUUUGAUGAGUGCUACUUUGUCUGAAGAUAUCGAUGGUGUUAAAGGAUUAGUUCUACGUAAUCCAGCAAUCUUAACUUUAUCCGAACCUGCAACUUCCUCUUCCCUUCUUACUCAACAUUACACAAUGACCUCUGAACGCGACAAAUUCCUGCUCAUCUACGUCCUAUUGAAAUUGAAGUUGAUCAGAGGCAAAUCAAUCAUAUUUGUCAACGAUGUCGAAAGGGGUUACAGGGUGAAAUUGUUUUUGGAACAAUUCGGUGUGAAAUGCUGUGUGGUCAAUAGCGAGUUACCACUUUCGAGUCGAUAUCACGUGGUGGAAGAGUUCAACAGGGGUGUAUAUGAUGUGAUUGUAGCUACGGAUGAAGGUACCGGUGCUGAUGCUCAGGAAACAACCGAGAAUGAAGAAGAAGAAGAAGAACAAGAUGAAGAAACAAAAGAACAAGAGGAAGAGGAAGAGGCAGAAGUGGAGACUAAAAAUGCAGAAGCUGGACCAUCCAAACGACCUCGAUCAGAUCCUUCAACAUCAUCUUCAAAAGCAUCCGGUAAAAGACGUAAGAUUGAUGGUACUUCAUCUUUAGCUAGGGGAAUCGACUUUACAGCAGCAUCAUCAGUGAUCAAUUUUGAUUUACCACCAACAUCCACAUCGUACAUGCACCGUAUAGGUCGUACUGCCCGAGCGGGACAUUCGGGAUUAUCACUUUCUUUCGUCGUCCCCAAAGAGAAAUGGGGUAAAGAUAAGAACGUUUCGGUCAAAUCGGCAGAGAAGGAUGAAGUAGUCUGGGAGAAGAUCAAAGAACGUGCGAAGAAAGAUAGCGGAUCGGAAAUAAAGGAAUGGAAUUGGAAUAAAAAAGAGAUAGAAGGUUUUAGGUAUAGGAUGGAAGAUGCUUUAAAGUCUGUUACGGGUAAGAGAGUACAGGAAGCUAGGAGGGAGGAAGUUAAGAGGGAAUUGUUGAAUAGUGAGAAACUAAAGGCACAUUUCGCCGCUAACCCUCUCGACUUAUCAUACCUCCGGCACGACACCCCUCUACAUCCCGCACGACAACAAACUCACUUGAAACACGUACCAAAUUAUUUGAUGCCUAAGAUAGCUGCUUUGCCGACUGGUACAGGUGAUGUCACGGAUGGUGGGCAUAUAGGAUAUUCAAAACGAGGUAGAGGCGGAGGAGGGUUCAGGGGUAGAGGUGGCGGUGGUGGUGGAAGAGGUGGGAAGGGUGGUUCUAGAGGUGGAAAGAAAGUUGAUCCGCUCAAGUUCAAGGGUUAG